CCCUCGUCUUUAAAUCUGGACAUGCAUGAGCUCUGCCUGCUUCAGGAUAUAACUAAAAGAAAAAAAAACUAUAGGAGAUCGAUAUGGAGAACUCUUAUGGGUCUUCACGAAAAGCAAAGGAGGAUGUUUCUCUCGAAGAACUUAGAGACAGGCUUGCUGAGUUCGCUGAAGUGAGAGGAUGGGAUCAACAUCACAGUCCUAGAAAUCUCCUUUUAGCACUAGUGGGAGAGGUGGGAGAGCUGUCUGAGAUAUUCCAGUGGAAGGGAGAAGUGGAAAGGGGACUACCCAACUGGAGUUCUGAUGAUAAGGAGCAUUUAGAAGAAGAGCUCUCAGACGUUCUGCUCUAUCUAGUGCGUCUUGCUGAUGUUUGUGGGCUUGAUCUUGGCCAAGCGGCCCUGACAAAAAUAGUCAAGAAUGCUCGAAAGUACCCUAUUAUUAAUCAAACAGCAACUUCCACUCUCAAAUAGCGACGACUGAUCAGGAUCGGAGCUUCCACCUCCGGCUGGCUUUUCUAUAUAUAUAUAUCGUCGAUGCUUCACUACGCUUUGCUGUGUUUUCUCUGUUUUCUAGCUUUAAUUAAGUAUUAUUAGAACAGUGUCUAAACUUCAUUUUGCUAACUGUUCUAUAUAUAUCCUUGUAUGAGAGCAUGCAUGUUAGGAUCGGAGUGAAUUUUUACAUUCCUCCUUAAUUUCCUUAUCUAAAUUAAGCUUCUUUGUAUAUAAUAA